UAUACUUUCUACUGCACUGCUGGCUUGCAAAACUUUUAAUGGAACAAGUUUUUCUGGCAGAAGAACACUGAUUUUUAUCUUUAAUGAGCAGCCUCUCUAUCAUUUUGCUUCAGGAAACAGCUUCCUGGUUGUAAACUGCUCGAGAGUGCUGACAACUUCAAAAGCAGCCAGUAGAGACUUUCCUACAAAGUUCGGGAAGGAACUCAAAAAUGCUGAAGGCUGCAGACAAUGUUGCUAUGAAGCAGGAGGACUCUGCUUCCCAAAAUGAAGAAAUAUCAAGUUGGGAUAUCAAUGACAUCAAACUUCCCCAGGAUGUGAGACAGACGGACUGGUUUCAAGAAUGGCCAGAUUCCUACGUGAAACGUAUUUACAGCUCAGAGGAUAAAAAUGCUCAGAGACACCACAGUAGCUGGGCAAUGAGAAACACCAACAACCACAACUCCCGUAUCUUAAAGAAGUCCUGCCUUGGGGUGGUGGUCUGCGGCAACGACUGCUCCACUGUGGAUGGCAGGAAGAUCUACUUGAGGCCAGCCAUAUGCGACAAAGCUAGGCAAAAACAACAGCGGAAAUGCUGCCCAAACUGCAAUGGACCCCUGAGGCUCCUUUCCUGCCGAGGCCAUGGGGGUUACCCAGUCACCAACUUCUGGAGGCAUGAAGGCCAGUUCAUAUUUUUUCAGUCCAAAGGGGCUCAUGACCAUCCACGUCCAGAAACAAAGCUAGAAGCAGAAGCAAGGAGAUCCGUCCAAAAAGCACACACAGCUUUUUCUCCACCUUCUCCAACACUAAUAAGACUCCAGGAGAUGAAGUCUCUGACAGGUGAGAUGACUACCCAGAAGGCUUUGCCUUUGCUCCUUUCCAAGCCGGACCCGUGUAUGCUACCUGCCAGUUUCGGGGGAUGCUUAAGCACAAGCUCCCUGGAGCAGACAGCAGGAUGCUGCAUGGAACAGCUGCCGUACCCGAGGGCAGCUGGGGAGCAUGUGGAAGGCGGGGUGCACCCUGCCCAUGGCGGCUCGUGCACACAGGCCUGGAGCAGCCCCCUGCACAUCCCCAGUGUGCCGCCAGUGAUGAAGGGUGGCCACAAUCCUUUCAGGCCCAGUGCUGGCCCUCUGGGCGAGGAAAACAGUGAGGGAAAAGCCCCCCUGGCCUACAACCUCCCCCCUCCAUCAUAUCCUCUGCCUCAGCAUGGGCCCGGCCUGGGGGGCUCACACCAGCACCACCAGCACCUCCCAGCGCUCCUCAAGGGAAGCCAUGGUGACGUGGAAGAGGGAAGGCACUGCACGAACCACAGCUACUGUAACAACCUGUUUUGCAACCUGUACCCAUUACGGUGACUGGGUUAACAUUUCCUCUCUACGUGCCCCUCCGGCAAUGGGCAGCAUCUUCGCUUUUAGAUAUAAGGAAGGGCUUUUGUGCCUGCAGAGCUCUCUCUGCUCUUUUUCUUUUCCCUCACUACUUUAUUAAUCUAACAAAAGGCAUCAUCUCUUCUUACAAACUACCCCAGUUGCUACCAGGCAGCCUGGCAGAAUGUCAUGGCACCAGCCCUAUAACCGUACCGCCUGACCCAGUUUCACACAUUUCUGUACUGAAGGUGUCUCGUUGCUUUAUCCAGCUAAUUUCCAUUGGUAACAAAUCCUCCAGCAUCCUUUCCUCCACAUCACCCUAUGUUCCAGUCACUUCUGCAAGCUAUAUUUCAGCAGGAGAUAUUCGUUCCCUAAUUUGUUUAAAAAAGUAGGGUGCCAAAAAUGAAUUUCCUUGUCUGAAUUUAGUGGCCAGCUUUGAGAUUUUUGGCAAAGACUUCUUUACCUUUUUUACCAUAACUCAAUCCGACUUUCCCAACGUCUGUACUCUCUGGACCAUGUUUUGGGGGCCACCAUCCAACAUCACGUAGAGGGAAGCCCCAGUACAUGCCUCCACUGCCAUCUCUGCAAGGAAGAGCUGAGGGACGCCAAGUCUGGAGCCACGUCUAUGGCUGGUUCCCCCAGCUUCCAUGGCUUCACACGCUGCCCAGCCCCUGGAGUCAGACACAGCACUGGCAGUCCUGACUGGCCCUGCCAUGCCUGUGGAGCAAGACGUGCCCAGGCAAAAUAACCUUUCUAUUGGGAUGAGUCUGGGAGGACAGUAUUACAAAAAGUGGCAAUAAAAUCUUCACAGUACCUCA